UUUUUGCGUGGCUUCCUCCCUCUUUCAACAUCUGUUUCUUCUUCCUCUCUCCCCCCUACUAUAUAUAUAUGUAUGUAUGUAUGUAUAUUAUGUACAGCUAUAAACACACAACAGUUCUUAUUUCUUAGCUCAAUUACGAUCAUAUCUGUGCGAAAAUGGAAAGUCAAGAUCGGGUGGAUGAGUAUUUCUCAAAGUUUUACGAGAAAUGGAUAUCCCAAUUGGAGCAACUGCUGAAGCUCCUACUAAUGGUGUCGAGGGAGGCGUCGCCGGAGAUCAGCUGCGAGGCGGCGGUGGAGAAGCUCACUGUCCACCACAGAGAGUACUUCUCCACCAAAUGGGCGGCGACGGCGGCCCGCGACGACAACGUGCUGUCCUUCUUCGUCCCUUUAUGGCUCACCCCUCUUGAGAACGCCUACCUCUGGAUCACCGGCUGGAAGCCCUCCACCGUCUUCCGCCUCAUCGACUCGCUCCGGAAUUCCCAGCCGCCGGAGGGGAGCGUCGCCGGGAUGACGGAGGAGCAGGUGGCGCAGAUAGCGACGCUCCGGGCGCAGAUUAAGGCGGAGGAGGAGAGGGUCGAGCGGGAGAUGGAGCGGCUGCAGGUCGCCGUCGCCGACCGGAAAAUGGUGGAGCUGGUCUGCGGGAUGGACAGCGCCGCGCCGGAGGGGAUGGUGGACGCCGCCGUCAAGGGUCUUCUCGCCGGCCUCGAGAAGGUUAUGAAAAUGGCGGACUGCGUCCGCCUGAAAGCGCUCAAAGGAGUUUUGGAUCUCCUGACUCCGAUGCAGUCCGUCGACUUCCUCGCCGCCACUUCCAUGCUCCUGAUCCAUCUCCGUAAAUGGGGGAAGAAGAGAUCCACGCGCCACCACCACCACACCACCACCACCACCACCAGCUUUUCCGGCGACACCAACAAUGCACCGCAGUGGCGUAGUUAACAUAUAUAAAGAGAGCUACUCUAUCUCUAUCUGUAGUAAUUAAAUAAGGUUAAUAAUGUAAUUAAGUCUGUGUGAUGCUAUAUGGUAAUGCUGUGUGUGCUGUUACAAGUAAUGAAUGUAUUAUACUAUGUUUGUUUUAAUUUUCUAUAAAUUUGGUCUCAGUUUAUUGCUG